AUGAGCGCGCCGUCGGAGCGCACGCACGUGGACCGCAAGGCCGCGACGGCGGCCUACAGCGCGUUGGACGUGGAGCUGAGCAGCAAGGCGCACGCGGAGCGCGCGUCGGGGACCCACGACGAGCAGCACAGCGCCGUCGGCGGGCGCCUCAAGACCAUCGUCUUCGGCGGUCUGGACGGCAUCCUGACGUGCUUCGCCAUCGUGAGCUCCUGCGCCGGGUCCGACAUGAGCCCGCGCGUCGUGCUGCUCCUCGGCGCGUGCAACAUCCUCGCGGACGCGCUCGCCAUGGGCGUCGGCGAGUACCUGUCCACGAAGUCGAGCGACGAGUUCGCGAGCUACGAGCGGACGCGCGAGGACUGGGAGAUGCGCCACAACCCCGAGGGCGAGAUUUUGGAGAUGGUCGACAUCUACGUCGGGCGGGGCAUGUCGCGCGAGGACGCGACGACGGUGAUCACGACGAUGGCCAAGUACCACGACUUCUUCGUCAACGUCAUGAUGGUCGAGGAGCUCGGGCUCACGGUGCCCGAGCCCGAGGCCCACUGCGACGCCAUGAAGGACGGCUUUCUCAUGUUCCUCGCCUUCUGCGUCUUCGGCGCUUUCCCGCUCCUCGGCUACGCGCUCCUCCCGCAGUUCCGGCCCGACGCGGCGCCCCACGAGCUCUUCCUCGCCGCCUGCGCCGUCACGGGCGUCACGCUCUUCGGCCUCGGCGCCGUCAAGGCGAAGUUCGUCAACGGCAACCCCUACAAACUCGGCGCGGAGACGCUCGCGCUCGGCGCGCUCUGCGCGUCGUCGGCCUACUCCGCCGGCGCGCUCCUCCAGCAGUUCCUCCCCUCCUAG